CCUUCGCUGUCGGCAAUGGCAUCGGAGAUCCUCAUGGCGAAGCCCCUCUGCCUCGUGGAGAACCACCCGAGGAAGGGGCUGGUGGUUCAGCAGGAGGCCCUGAAGGUGCUGUCAGAGGUGACCCAGCCGGUGGUGGUGGUGGCCAUCACAGGGCUGUACCGCACCGGCAAGUCCUACCUCAUGAACAGGCUGGCUGGUAGGAGGAAAGGUUUCUCCCUGGGCUCCAGCGUGCAGUCCCACACCAAAGGGGUCUGGAUGUGGUGUCUACCUCACCCCCGCAAGCCUGGACACGCUCUGGUGCUGCUGGACACGGAAGGGCUGGGCGACGUGGAGAAGGGUGACACCGAGAACGACACCUGGAUCUUUGUGCUCACCCUACUGCUCUCCAGCACCCUCAUCUACAACAGCAGAGGCACCAUUGACCAACAAGCCAUGGAGCAGCUGCACUACGUGAUGAAGCUGACCGAGCAGGUCAGGUUGAAAGCGGCUCCUGGGCAGAGUGAAGAGGAAGAGGAGGAGGAAGAUCCAGAAGAAGUUGCCCCUUUCUUCCCGGCUUUCGUCUGGACGGUGAGGGAUUUCAGCCUGCGGCUGGAGAUGGACGGGGAGACAAUCUCCGAGGACCAAUACUUGGAAAAGGCGCUGGCGGUGAAGAACGGAACCAGCUCCAAGAUCCGACGCUCCAACCAGACCCGGGAAUGCAUCUGCCAGUACUUUCGGGAUCGCAAGUGCUUCGUUUUUGACCAACCGGCCCCCAAAAUGGACCUGGAGCGCUUGGAGGAGCUUGGGGAUGAGGAGAUCAACCCCGAAUUCCAGCAGCAGGUGGAGAAAUUCUGCGGCCACGUCUGGGAGAACUCUCCACCUAAGACCAUCCUUGGUGGCCGCGUCAUCACGGGGAGCUUGCUGGGCAAACUGGCAGAGACCUACGUGAAGACCAUCCGGAGCCGGGAGGUGCCGUGCCUGGAGAGCGCGGUGCUGGCCCUGGCACAGACCGUCAACGCGGCGGCGGUGAAAGAGGCUGUGAAGUUCUACCAGGACCUGAUGGAGCAACGGGUGAAGCUGCCGACGGAGACGGUUGAGGAGCUCCUGGAUCUGCACAGCCAGUGCCAGCAGGAGACACAAGAGCUCUUCCAGAAACGGGCGUUCGAGGAAGACAUCUGCUCUUUCCAGGAAGAUCUUACACGCCAGGUGGAGGAGAUCAAGGAGAAGUUCCUCAGGGACAACGAGCAGGAGUCCAGCCACAAGUGCAAGGCUGCUCUCAGGGACCUCUCCCGAGAUUUGGACAGAAAACUCAAGGAUGGGGUCUACAACGUGCCAGGAGGUUACGAGCUCUUCAAAGGAGACCUGCAGGCCCUGGUGGAGAAAUAUCAGGAAGCUCCUGGCAAGGGGGUGAUGGCCGAAGUUGUCCUGCAGAAGUUCCUCCAAAGCAGAGAGGAUCUGGAUGAAAUGGUCUUCAAGACAGACCAUGCCCUGGCAGAGAAGGAGGAGGAGCUGAAAAGGGUUCGAGAGCAGCAGGAGAGAGCCGAGGA